AUGGCACGUAUAGCAUUUCUCAGAACCGCACCACGACACCAGGUCGAAACCAAGACCUCGACCUUGAAAGCCAAGCACCGCCCUGACCCGGACUGCAACUGCCAAGCGGCAGAUGCCAAGCACCUGACCCUCGGAGAACAGAUCAGUGAAACGUGGAUUUUUUUCGCCAGUCUAUGGCAUGACAUUUGCCCGGUCUUUGCGCGCAAAUUCCUCAAGUCUGUGCCGGUGCCGCAUCUGAGUCCGAAACGCCACGCGUUUUGUCAGCUUGCAGUGGCGGCCAAUGAUAAGAAGGCGAUCGAGCAAGUGAUCGCCCUUUUGGGACUUCACGCCGAGACUUUGAAGCUGAAAGACAUCAUCAAGGAGGUUCGCUUGAGCGACGUGAUCCGGGAGCUGGCGCAGGCCAAUGCCGUGACCCCCAGCUCUAUCUGCGGAUCCCGUUGGCACCUCUUGCGUUUGCUGUGCAAGCCGCAAAAAGCGGGGCCCAAAAAUCUUCUGAACUGCCGGCUGGCGCUGGUCGAGGCGAAGCAUGAACGCUUCAAACUCACCACGCGCCGCGCGGGGAUGCGCUGUCAAGCCUUGCUGAGCGAGUACGAAGACGAUGAGGAGUUCUGCGGCAAAAUCCGUAGCGAGAUCGCGAAGGUGCUGCAGCAACGCCUCGAGAUUGCUGCUGAGUACUUGGACCUGGAGGUGGCGCAGAGCACGCUGCGAGCAGCCGUUUCGCUGCAAUGCGACGUGGUGCCCAUGCUGAAGCCUGCAGGCGCCUUGGUUCUCUCCUUGGUGGGCAGCUCUGCCCGAUGUCAGCAGCCAGUGAGCAGCCUGGUGGAGGUUUUAGAUGGAGUGGAUGGUUUGGCAAAGGCAGCAAACAGGCCUUUGGAGUCUUUCUGCGAUUUGACACCCUUGGUCAGGCCAGUGGUCCAGAAGGUUUUCCGCGAAGUGCAGCUGGCGAACCAGGCCUGCAGCGUGGUGUCACAGCCCCCGGUGUCAUCGAACGUAGAGCUCUGCCAGGGUCUUGGUGUGUCCAAAGACAUGGAGCAGAAGUGGUGGAACGUGCUGAAGAAUCGUUACACAGAGUCGCAGAGAGCUUACCACACACUGUCUCACUUGGAUGAAAUGUUUGGCUUCUUUGAGGAACAUUUGAAACUGAUCUCCGAUGCUGCAUCUGUGAGCCUGGCAAUCUUUUUCCACGAUGUGAUCUAUGAUCCGAAAGCUGGGAGUCCGCAGAAUGAGAUCGACAGUGCCGAUGUUUUCGACCACUUUGUCCAGGAAGCCUUACCUGGUGGCAGUGAACGAGGAUUUAGAGCUAUGAAGGUGAGGAGAUGGAUAGUGCAAACAGCUCAUCACAAAUGUACAGAGGAUGAUGAGAUGGAUUGCAAACUCUUCAUGGACUUCGACAUGGCAGUCUUAGGCCGGCCGUGGCCGCAGUAUGAAGCAUACAGUCAACAGAUUCGUCAAGAGUAUUCUCACGUCUCAGAGGCCCUGUAUUGUGCAGCGCGCGGAGCCUUCCUCACCUCCACUGCAACGGACUCUCGGUCCAAGAUUUUUGCCACCGACAUCUUCCGCAAUGAGCGUGAGAGGCAGGCCAUGGAGAAUGCUGCGCAGGAGGCUGAGGUGCUUCGGGCCAAGCUUGACCGCUGCUCGCUUAUUGCCCGAAUAGGUGCGAGCAUUGCACUUCGCUUGAAGGCACUUGCAAGCGCGAAUUGGUCCAGCUGGUCCAAGCUCACAGGAGUGAGUGCUGUAGGGCUGCUGGCCGGUUCUGCAAUUGUGGCUGCGCCGGUGCAUGUCAUGCUCGGUGUGGGCCUACCAGUUUCUGCAGCAGCAGGAUAUCUUGCUGUGCAACUUGGAACCAGCACCUACAUUCGGCAACCGUUACCAACAGCUCCUGAGCCAGAGAGUGGUUUGGCUCUCAUUGCUGGAUCUUUCAACCCACCACAUCAAGGACACCUGGAAAUGGUGCGCUACCUCUCUGCCAGGUACCAGCGAGUCCAUGCGAUCAUUGGAGUCAAUCCCAACAAGAAGUAUGACGUCAGUCCGUAUGAGCGACAAGAGCUCUUUCGGGCCAUGCUGAAGGAAAUUGGCCUCACAAAUGUGGACGUGAUCAUUGUGUGGUCCUACAUUUGGAAGCAUGCCCAGCAGCACGGUGCCAAAGUCAUGUACCGUGGCUUGCGCAGCUUCCGAAAAGACGGAGCCUCUGAGAAGUGUUUGGAGCUGCAGAAUAUCAGCGGUCAACUUCUGCUUGGCCGUGUCCGUCCGAUUCCCACUGCAUACAUCCAAGCAGAUCCAAGGUUUUCCAUGGUGUCCUCGACCUUGAUUCGAGAGCGCCUGAAACGUGGGGAAUCCAUCACUGAGCUGGUCCCUGGCGGAUGUGCCUCCUUGGUGCAGCGGUGCUAUGCCGAGAAGUUCCACUACAUCUUUUCUCUUCGAGAUUUGAGCCGCGUCUUUCAGGGAAUUUGCCAAGCAGAUCCACAGGUGGUCAACAAUGCGGCGAUCCUAGUGAGGCUAUGGCGCAAUGAGUGUACCCGUGUGUACGAAGAUCGCUUCAAUGAGGAUGCAGACAAGGCUUUCCUCAGUGAGAAGCAGCUGCACAACAUCAUCAAGACUCAGUUCCAGAAGAGUGCUGAUGUGGCCCUGCAAGAUCCCUUGGUCUGGGGAGACUUCCGAGACGCCCUGGACAUCCUGGUCAAGAGCGACACACCAUACUCUGCUCCCAGGGUUUACGAGGACCUGGGCAAUUGGGAAUCCAUUCGCCCGAUUUUCGAUGGGGUUCUUGAGCUUUACAAUGGUGACAACAGCCCCAUGAAUUUGGUCCUGUUCAAUGAUGCACUGGCCCACUUGCUUCGUUUGCAUCGCAUCAUUCGCCUGACUCGCGGCAUGGCCUUGCUCAUUGGAGUUGGUGGCAGUGGCAAGCAAUCGCUCACCAGACUGGCCACCUUUGCGGCUGGCUACAAGCUCUUCGAGAUCACACUUUCCCGCGGCUAUGGAGACGACCAGCUCAGAGAAGAUCUCAAGGCCUUGUACACUGCUACGAUCAAGCAACCCAUGAGCUUCCUCUUUACAGAUGCUCAUGUCGUGGAGGAAGGAUUCCUGGAGUACAUCAACAACAUCCUGACAGUUGGCAUGGUACCUGCAUUGUUCCCAGACGAUGAGAAGGAGCCAUUGGUGGGAGCUAUUCGUGCCAGGGCCCGGGGAGAAGGUGUGUCCGAGACGGGGAUGUGGGCCUAUGCCUGCGGCGUGAUUCGAGACAACUUGCACCUGGUUCUUGCUAUGUCACCUGCCGGCUCACAACUCCGUGGACACCCCAGCUGCGGGGCUGCGGAGGGUGCGGACGACUGGUUCUUCAGUUGGCCCCAGCAAGCCUUGCUGGCAGUGGCGGAACAUUUCUUGGCCAACGUCACGGGCAUUGAUGACUUCAGGACCCACAUCACCGACACCAUGAGCUACGCGCACCUGUCGGUCACGCUUCAAUACUCACCGCAGUUUGAAGUCAAGUACAAGCGCCGCAACUUUGCGACGCCCAAGAAUUAUCUGGACUUCUUGUCGAACUACAUGAAAUUCUUGGAGAACAAUCGCAACAGCUUGGACCAAAUGUCAGGCCGCUUGGGCGGUGGCUUGGACAAGCUGGUGCAAGCGGCGGUGCAGGUGACGGAGAUGUCCAAGGAGCUUGAAGAAAAGAAAGCCAUUGUCGAUGAAAAUGCCAUCAAGGUCCGAGUCUUGAUCGACGACAUCAAUGAGAAGACAGAAGCCGUCACAAAGAGAAAGGAGGAGGCGAGUGCAGCUGCAGAACAGAUCGAGAAGGACUCUGUGAUCAUUGAGAAAGAGAAGGCAGAUGCCGACGAAGCACUGCAAGCAGCGCUGCCAGCUUUGGAGUCCGCCGCCCGUGCGCUGGAGGAGUUGGACAAGAAGGACAUCACUGAGGUCAAGGGCAUGGCUAGUCCUCCACCUCCCGUGACCAUUGUCUGCAUGUGUGUCGUGAUCCUCCGACCCCUUGGCAAGGAGGACGAAAGCCAGGGAUGGACUGGAGCCAAAGCCAUGAUGUCCGAUGUGGGCUUCAUGAGGGCAUUGCAGGAGUACAAGAAGGAUGACAUGAAAGGAGCACAGAUCAAGCGAAUCAAAGAGCUGCUGAACAAGGAGAAAGACGUGUUUGAAGGAGAAAAGAUGAAGUCAGUGUCCAAGGCCGGAUAUGGCCUCCUGCAGUGGGUGCUGGCCAUGGUGAAGUACUACGAGGUGGCGAAAGGUGUUGCUCCCAAGAGGGAACUGGUGAACAAACUGCAGCAAAAGAAGGAGGAGGCUGAAGAGAACUUGAAGCAAAUCAACAAAGAGCUUAAGGAACUCGCUGAAAAUCUGGAAAUCGUCACGGCUGAACGGCAGAUCCAAAGUGACAAGCUGAAACAGUUGAAGGAGGAUGCCGAUACCAUGACGCGUCGGUUGAAUGCAGCAUCGCAGCUGAUCGAAGGACUGGCCUCGGAGCGCAAGCGAUGGACAGAAGACUUGCAGAAGAUGGGUGAGGUCAAGAAGAGACUGGUGGGUGACUGCUUGCUGAAUGCUGCGUUCGUGAGCUACGCCGGACCUUUCAACCACGAGUUCCGCAAAGAAAUGGUUUACGUGGACUGGCAAGAAAGGUUGAAGACCAAGGGCAUUGACAAGACCGAAGACUUCAAGAUCGAAACAUUGCUGACCUCUGAUGUGGAGGUGGCUUCCUGGUCUGGCCACGGCUUGCCAACAGAUGAACUGUGUGUUCAGAAUGGCAUUCUGGUGACCAGAUCUGCCCGCUGGCCACUUUGUGUUGAUCCACAGAUGCAAAUCGUCACAUGGUUGAAGAAGAAGGAAGAGAAGGCCGCCGGUUUGACGGUGAAGACCUUUAACGAUGAAUAUGUGAAGUUCCUGGAACUGGCCAUCCAAUAUGGAAAACCCUUCCUCUUCGAGAAUCUGGACGAAGAGCUUGAUCCCAUGGUGGACCCUGUUCUGGAGAAGAAAGUGGUCCUUUUGAAUGGACAGAAGAUGAUCACCCUCGGGGACAACCAGCUGGAAUGGAACGACACCUUCAUGCUCUACAUGACCACCAAGCUCAGCAACCCAAAGUACACCCCGGAGGUCAUGGGCAAAGCUUCAAUCGUCAACUGCGUCAUUACCCUUGAGGGAUUGGCCGCGCAACUUCUCAAUGUGGUGGUUGGCUUCGAACGACCCGAUUUGGAAGAGAGGCGUCGUGGUCUUGUACAGCAGAUGUCUGCCGAUCGUCAGGAAAUCAAGAAUCUGGAAGACACGCUGCUGCAUGAUCUGGCUGCAUCCAAGGGCUCUAUCUUGGACAACGAUGACCUGAUACACACGCUGAACACUGCGAAGGCAACCUCGAUCCAGAUUGGAGUGUCCUUGGAGACGGCUGCCAAAACUGCUGAGGAAAUCGAGAAGACGCGUGCGCUCUACGUCAGCGUUGCCAAACGCGGGUCCAUUCUGUACUUCGCGAUGUCUGGCAUGGUGGCCAUCAGCGAAAUGUAUGAGUACUCCUUGAGCAGCUACCUGGGCGUUUUCGACACAGCACUUCGCGAUGCAAAGCCUGAUAAGAUUGUGGACAACAGACUGAAGAACUUGCGGGAGAAGAUGACGCAGACCAUGUACGAUUACACGUGCAUGGGAGUCUUCGAAAAGCACAAGCUCCUCUUCAGCUUCCAGAUGACUUCGAUGAUUUUGGAUGGAGAUAAUGAUCUGGAUAAAAAAGAGUUCGACUUCUACAUGAAGGGAAAUCCAUCACUGGAUCGACCCAAAGAGCCCAGUCCGCAUGCCUGGCUCUCCGAAACAGGGUGGAAGGACCUUCAGCUGUUGAAGACCUUUGAUGACAGCAUCAAAGACAUCUGCGAGGAUGUGAAGAGAUAUGGCGAUGAGUGGUAUUCCUGGUACGAGUCUGAGACACCAGAGUCCAUUGACAUGCCAUGUGGCUACAAGGAGAAGGUGGAUCUUUUCAAGCAGGUUCUGAUCAUUCGCAGCAUCAGGCCUGAUCGAAUGAUCACAGCCACCAAAGGCUUCAUUGCAUACAAGCUCAGCGACUACUAUGUACAGCCACCUUCCCUGGUCUACGACAAGAUCUUCGAGAAAUCCAGUGAGUGGAUGCCCAUCGUCUUCAUCCUCUCACCUGGCGCAGAUCCACAGAGUGACGUCGCCAAGUUGGGAGAUCAGCUUGGAUUCAGCGGAGCCAAGUUCAGGUUCGUGUCCCUUGGACAAGGCAUGGGAGGCGUUGCGCAGCAAACCAUUGAGACUGGCUACCAGCGCGGUCAUUGGGUCAUGUUGCAGAAUUGCCAUUUGUUGGCAUCCUGGCUCCGUACCUUGGAAAAGAUCCUGGAGCAAAUGCACAAGCCGCAUAAGGAUUUUAGGCUUUGGCUCACCACCAUGCCGACAAGUGCCUUCCCAAUGGGCAUUCUGCAGAGGUCCUUGAAGGUGGUGACUGAGCCACCUGAGGGGCUGAAACUGAAUAUCAAACAGUCCUAUGCGAAGAUCUCUGAUGCGGAUCUUGAUGCUUGCUCCCAUGAAAGCUUCCGGCCUCUGAUGUAUGUCCUUGCCUUCUUCCAUGCAGUGGUCCAGGACCGCCGAAAGUUCGGAAGGAUUGGAUGGAAUGUUGCAUAUGACUUCAACGAGUCAGACUUCAAGGUUUCGGCGCAACUGCUGAACCUGUAUUUGCAGAAGAGCCAUGACAAGGGAGAGGUCCUGCCGUGGGAGACGCUCCGCUACCUCAUUGGCGAAGCCAUGUAUGGUGGCCGAGUGACAGACAACUACGACAGGCGUGUGCUUACAACUUAUUUGGAAGAGUACAUGGGUGACUUUCUUUUUGAUGAAAAUGUGAAAUUCUACUUCAGCCGUUCGGGCUUUGACUACGAUUGCCCUCUUCAGGGCGGCGUUUCCUCCUACCAGCAGGUGAUUCUAACGCUUCCCAUCAAUCAGUCGCCGUCGGUGUUCGGGCUCCACCCCAACGCCGAAAUCAACUACUUCAUGAACUCAGCAAAGGAAAUCUACUCGGGACUCAUGUCCAUGCAGACCGGUGGAGGAGGAGAUUCUGGUGGCAUGAGCCGCGAUGAGUUGAUCAACAAGACUGCCACGGACAUUCAAGACAAGAUCCCUAAAGAUGAGCUGAAGUUCUUAAAAGACACAGUUCCUUCGCCUCUGGAGGUGGUGCUGAUGCAGGAGAUCGAGAGGUAUGAAGCCCUGGUGAAGCGCAUGGUGGCAAACCUUGCGGACCUGAAACGUGCGAUCAAAGGUGAGAUUGGCAUGAGCCAGGAGCUUGACGUGCUCGGUGGCUCGAUGUUCAAUGGGCAAGUGCCGCCGGGGUGGACGAAGAUCGCACCGCAAACGGAAAAGCCUCUGGGCAGUUGGAUGGAUCACUUUGUACGCCGCUACAAGCAGUACUCGGACUGGGCAGAAAAAGGUGAUCCUGCAGUCUUCUGGUUGAGUGGCUUCCAUAUCCCAGAAAGUCUGUUGAGUGCCCUGGUGCAGGCUUCUUGCCGCCGUCGUGGCUGGGCGCUUGACAAGUCCACCCUCUAUACGAAGGCGAGCGCGUCCUUUUUUCGCCGAGCCGACGUCGUCACAUCUUACACUGAGCGAAGCCAAGUGCCUGAGAAGCUCAUGGAUGGGACCUAUGUUGAGGGUCUGUACUUGGAGGGUGCAAGAUGGGACAUGGAGGCAGGCUGCCUUGCCCGUCAACUGCCAAAGCAGCUCAUUCAGCUGAUGCCCUUCAUCGAGGUAAUCCCUGUGGAGGCUCCUGGCUGA